CCUCUCACGUUUUUAUCUCAAGAUGAAGGUAAUCUGUGUAAGAAUUGCUUCUCUGUGCAUUCCCUGAGAACUGCUGAUCUGAGGGUAGGGAGGGAAAGGAGCAGAAAGAUAAUCUUUAAGCAGUUGAGAAAUGUUACAGGAAAGAAUGCAAAAAGCAUAAAGGGAGAGAGAGAGAGAAAAUACUUUUUUUUUUUAAGCUGUGGAUUUUCUUCCCUAUUUUAAUUUGUGCUAAACUGAAUGCUAACUCUUUAGUUGAGGUGCACCUGAAAGUGGGCAUACCGGCAAGAAGAAGAAAGCAAGGCUCAAAAAAACGUUUGGGUUUCUGCCCACCUGAUUCAUACUCCAAGCAAACAAACGUGAUGCGAGGUGAAAAGAAAAUGGACUCCACGGAGGCCGCCUGGUGAUUUUCCUGGUGGUGGUCAGAAGGAAGAACAUUAUGUUCCUCAGACACUUAUGGUGCGAUGGUCAUGAGGAGGCACUAGUCAGUCCUACAUAAAGGCAGAGACUCUCCAAUGCAUUUCGCAACGUCCCUUUAAAGGAGAAAAGAAGCAAGAGCCGCCAAUAACGCUUCUGUAGAAGGAGGGAACCAUUUUCCCAGGGCUGGAGGAAGACCCUGAGGAUUCCCAUUGGGUCAUCAAGGAGAUACACCAGGAACAGAAGGAUGACAGUAGUGAAGGAGCUGCUCCGUGCCAGAAACCUGUUGCUGGUUAUCCUGAUUCCACUCUUGUUGCUUCCUUUGCCUCUCUUAUAUCCCAGCAGUGAAGCCUCGUGUGGCUAUGUGCUGAUCGUGACGGCAGUGUACUGGGUUUCGGAGGCCGUGCCACUUGGGGCAGCAGCCCUUGUUCCUGCUUUCCUCUAUCCACUGUUUGGAGUCAUGAAAUCCAGCGAGGUGGCUGCUGAAUACAUCAAGAACACCACCUUGCUCCUCAUGGGUGUAAUUUGUGUGGCAGCCUCUGUUGAGAAAUGGAAUCUGCACAAACGGAUCGCCUUGCGCAUGGUGAUGAUGGCCGGAGCGAAACCAGGCAUGCUGCUCCUUUGCUUCAUGUGCUGCACAACUGUCUUGUCCAUGUGGCUUUCCAACACGUCCACCACAGCCAUGGUGAUGCCCAUUGUAGAAGCAGUGCUGCAGGAGUUAGUGAAUGCCGAAGAUGACCGCGAGAUGAAUGGUACCACUGGCAACACCAUCCUGGAAGAACGGGAGACUAUAGGUCUUGGCGAAAAGCGCGGGCAAACGUCCCUGGAGCUCUUUUUCAUCAACGAGGAUGCUACAACUGCUGACUUCAGCUCUCUGAUGCAUUCCAAGAACAUGAACGGCGUACACAUGAUUGCCAACACAAUUGGAACUGUGAGCUCCAAAACCAACGGGCAGCAUCUGCCUCAGGCUCAGAUCCUCGUUCUGCCACCUCAGCCUCAAAGUUUAGACCUAAGCAGUAAGCCUCGGUACCCAACCAAGCACGAUCAGAUGGUCUGCAAGUGCCUCUCGUUGAGCAUCUCCUACGCGGCAACCAUUGGGGGACUCACAACCAUCAUUGGCACCUCCACAAACCUCAUCUUCCUGGAGUAUUUCAACAACCAUUAUCCCAAUGCUGAAGUGGUGAAUUUUGGAACCUGGUUCUUACUCAGCUUACCCAUCUCCCUCAUCAUGCUGGUGCUGACCUGGUUUUGGAUGCAUUGGCUUUUCCUUGGAUGCAAUUUUAAAGAGACAUGUUCACUAAGCAAGAAGAAGAAGACCAGACGGGAAGAGAUGUCUGAGAAGAGAAUCCAGGAAGAAUAUGAGAAACUGGGAAAUAUUAGUUAUCCAGAGUGGGUGACAGCGUUCUUUUUCAUCUUGAUGACUUUGCUCUGGUUUACAAGGGAGCCUGGAUUUGUCCCAGGCUGGUCAUCCUUCUUUGGAAAGAAAGGCUAUCGGACCGAUGCCACAGUCUCUGUUUUCCUUGGGUUCCUCCUCUUCUUGAUUCCAGCAAAGAAGCCAUGCUUUGGAAAGAAGAGGAAAGGAGAUGUUCCUAAUUCCACCAAUGUUAACGCAGGGGAACCAAUAAUCACCUGGAAGGACUUUGAGAAAACCAUGCCCUGGGAGAUUGUGGUCUUGGUUGGAGGAGGUUAUGCUUUAGCAGCUGGAUGCAAGACUUCCGGCCUUUCCACAUGGAUUGGGCGACAAAUGUUAUCCCUGAGUAGCCUUCCCUCUUGGGCUGUCAGUCUGUUGGCCUGCGUCCUGGUCUCCGUAGUAACAGAGUUUGUUAGUAACCCAGCAACUAUAACCAUCUUCCUUCCUAUUUUAUGCAGCAUGUCGGAAACCCUACAAAUCAACCCUCUGUACACCCUGAUCCCUGUCACCAUGUGCAUCUCUUUUGCGGUGAUGCUGCCAGUGGGCAACCCCCCAAAUGCCAUUGUCUUCAAUUAUGGGCACUGCCAGAUCAAAGAUAUGAUCAAAGCUGGCUUUGGUGUCAAUCUGAUUGGUCUAGUGGUUGUUACAGUGGCAAUAAAUACUUGGGGAAUUAGACUCUUUCACUUGGAUAAGUUUCCAGACUGGGCAACAGCCAGCAAUGUCACUGGCCCAUCAUAGUCCGCAUCCACAGAACUUGCUGGCUCACAGCAAGUUGGGAGCAAAAUAUUUGCACAGCUGUUAAGAAAGGAAAACACUUGAGUGUAUAUUUGUUCCAUUAACCUGAACUAAGUAAGAAGUAACUCUGUUGGAGGUUUCCCUAACGAUCAUCAUAUCUCCACCAUCUAGUACUGAAGGGGUUGGGGAAAGCAUGCAUUAUUCUUGUCUUUCAGCAAUACCAUGGAAUUGCCUUGAUCCCUCACUCCCCCAUCGUUUCCACAGAAAACCCAUUUUUGUUCUACAGAACACUCAGCCAAUUUGUCUUCUUUACUUGAUGGGGUAUACAUAAAUCACAGUGCCUACAGUCCUAACAUCCAAAGUGUGUUUUGAAGACUGUAUCUAUAUGUAUAUAUCUAUAGAACAUUUUUUAAAAAGAAAAAGUAAAAAGUUGCAUGUGGAGUUAUUUAUUUGGUAACAAGGAAGAACCAAUUUGAUCAGCCAAUUGCUCAAGGCCAGAGGGUUAUCUGCACAGCUGCCCUUUGGUCCAGGGGGAAGACCAGGUCCAUGGUAGACCAGGGUUCAAAUCCCACCUCAGCCGUGAAGCUCACUGAGUAAUCUUGGGCCGGUCAUUGUCUCUUGGUCUAACUUAACAGGGUUCCUGCAAUGAUAAAACAAAGAGGGGAAAGAACCAUAUAGGCCACCUGGAGCUCCUUGGAAGAAAGGCAGGGCAUGAAUGUUAUAAUAAAUUAAACAAAAAACAGCCAGAGGGCAUCAGGCUGCAUUAUGCACUCUUGCGAUGGAGUGUUACCAGACUGUUAGCAUGAAGAAGGAACCCAGUGAUACAGAAAGCUGGGGAGGCAGAUAUCCAGCCUCUGGCUAAUUAUUUACCACAUUCUCCAACUUUGAUGCUUA